GCGGGUUCUGUUGAAUGCUUCGUGUGAGAGCUCAGCUGGGCAUCACCUUGAAGGGCUUCUCUGACUCUCUGCAGAAGAGCCAUUUGCCAUUGUAAGCAGCGAGGACUGAGAGCAGAGGUGGGGGGAGAGAGGGCCCAGGGCACUCCACCACCUGCCCCACCUGCCCCACAUCACCACGUACGCGCCUCCAGCAACAGCUCCGGGGAGAGAGAGCGAGAGGACGAGGGUAGCGAUAAGUACGGGAGGCAGUGGCUUAUAAGCUGUCUGUGUGGGGAGCUGUGCGUCUAAGGGAGCUGUCUGUGUGGGGAGCUGUGUGUAUAGAGAGGUGCCUGUCUAAUGGGGCUGUCUUUACAGGGAGCCGUCUGUUUAUGGGAGCUGUCUGCAUUGGAGGCUGUCUCUGCGGGGAACUGUCUGCCCCAGUAGCUGUCUGUCUCGGGGGUGGUUUGUGUGAGCAGCUGGCUGUCUAGUGAACUGUCUGUAUCGGUAGCUGUUCACAUCGACAGCUGUCUGCCUCGGGGCUGGCUGUGUGGGGAGCUGUCCGCUGGCAUGGAGGAGCUGCUGCUGCUGGUGCUGUGCGCGCUGGGCUCGGUGCUGGCGCCGUGCCCGUGCCGUGAGUGCUGGAGGGACUACAUCAAGUGCGCCGACGAGGGGCUGGAGGAGGUCCCACUGCUGGACCCGUCCCUGCUGGAGAACGACCGUCCCAUCAAGAAGCUCUUCCUCGGAGGCAACCGCCUUCGCGUGCUGCGAGCCGGCAGCCUGGCGCGCCUGUCCAGCCUCGAGCGGCUCAGCAUUCGAGCCUCGCGCGUCGCCCAGCUCGAGGCAGGCGUCUUCCAGGGCCUGCUGCGACUCCAGGUCCUAGAGCUGCAGGAUAACGAGCUGGAGGAGGUUCCGGCUGACCUGAUCACCGACCUGCCGGCACUGCGCACGCUGGACAUGUCCGACAACCGCGUGCGGGUCCUCCCCGCGGAGGGUCUGUCCAGGCUGUCGCGACUCCGUGACGUCUACCUGCACGGGAACGCACUGCGAGAGCUGCCACGCCGUGCCUUUGCGGGCUGCGUGCACCUGCGACGCCUCUACCUGCACGGGAACGCGCUCACGUCCCUUCGUGCAGACGGGCAGUACUUUGCCGGCGCUCGCUCGCUGCAGGUGCUGGACCUGCACGGCAACCAGCUGCUGGUGCUGGACGUCGCUCUGCUGCUCGAGCUGCCGGGGCUGCAGCUGCUGGACCUGUCCAACAACCGCCUGCGCUCGCCGCCGGCGCUCAACCUGCCCCCCCGCGACCCCCUGCCUCCCCUGGGGCCCCUUCCCAACCCGCGACCCCGCGAACCUCUCACGAGCACCACCGUGGCACCGAGCCCCAGCACCAGCCCGGAGCCCGCGCCGGGGCCCGCGCUGGGGCCCCUGCAGCUGCGCUGGCUCGUGCUGCACGGGAACCCCUGGGCCUGCGAGGACGUGGACGCGGUGUGCGCCCUGCGGCAGCGGCUGCUGGACGCGAGAGUGCGGGUGUACUACGGCCUUACCUGUGCGUCCCCGGCCUGGGUGGCCGGGCGUAACGUCUUCACGUCGCGAUGCCCCCACGAUCUGACCACCACCACCACGACCACCAGAACCACGACCACCAGGAGGACCACCACCACCACGAGGACGGGCCGGCCAGGAAUGCCGGGCGACGCUAUGCAAAGGACCACACAAACUACAAAUCCUGCGAGAACCAAGCUGCGUGGAACGAAACCCCAGAAGCCGGUGGCCGGGCGGCCUGCAGAUCUCUCUGGCCAGUCUGGGGGGUCAGGGGGCCACACGCCCUUCGCCUCGGACCUUCUGCCCCAUGGCGUGUGGCUGCCGGGUCCUGACGGGUCUCUGCUCGGAGGAAAGCAGCCGGCGUCUUCCCGCCUGCCGCCAACGUCGCCGGGUGCCGUGCUGGGCACGCUGCUGCUGCUCACGGCACUUGGCUGCGUGUGCGGGUUCCUGUCGAGACGCGCACGGGCACGUGGGGUGCUGUGGGGGCAGCAGCGGCAGGGGAAGCAAGGGCAGCAGGCGGUGUUGGGGCCGGCAGGCAGGGAUGCGAGGGCGCGGGGAGAUUGAUGAUCAUGGUGAUAUCAGAAGCGCUCAUGUGUUUGGUCUCAUUGGUAAAAAAAAAAAUCAAAACGCUCGCCCUCCACAAAAUCUCAUGAUCACGAUUGUCUUGCUGAGCUCUUUGAUGUGUUUUCAACAUCAUGUCCAAUGUUUUGCUUCACAUGCUGGGUGCCUUCUUCAGGAACUGAACAAUUCAGUUACAAUGAUCAAGGCAUGAAGAAGCUCCAAGCACGUGGAGCAAGGAAUGAUGUUAAUUACGUUUGACACAAUAGUGAGCAACACGCAACAUAGCCUGACAACACAACCAGGGAGUUCCUUCCCCAAGCCGUCCGUGCUGUUGACUCCCUGCGUGUCAAAUUCAAGACCUUUUUUCUUCUGCCUAUGACUGACGGCCUCGAUAAAUGAAAUAGUGUCCACUGUUUCUAUAACGUGUCUAUAGAUGCGGUUGCGUUUAGACGCUGCUACAUAGAUCCACGUUGUAAUGUAUAAUGUUCUACAGUGUCUUGCUGUGUUAUUUUGAGACAUUUGAUCAAUUCAGUUGUAUUAUGCAUGUUCAUAUCUGCAUUAGGCUGAACAUCGAUCACACUCUGCAAUGUAAAGCUCUGAAUUUACACAAGUUUCUCAGCAGGUCACUGGGCUGUUUUAAACACAUUUAUAACUUGUAACAAAGGGUGGCAUGAGUAGUGAGUGAGGACAUUGAUGACAUUUCCACAAACGUGUUGAUGGGAUUUAGCAUCAGGUGUGUAAUAACCAUGCCACGACAAGCCUUGCCGCUGUGCUGGGACCAACAUUUAACAAUCAUUGCUGAUAAACUGUGGCCGGUGAUGUCCACUGACACGAAAUAAUUUCUUAUUUACACAAGAAAGCUUCAGUGAUCCUCAAUACUGUUUCAAGAGAAUCAUGUUUGGAACCUUUGCGUUUAGGUAAAAGAAACAGGAGGACGUUGAGAACACGUAUGGUUGAGGGAAGAACACCCACACUCCACUAUUCAAAUAGCCUGACGGCACCUUCUUGCUGCAAUGAAGCCUGUAGGUGCCUCGAUUUAAC